CUUACAAGCAACACACAUCAAUAAUAAUAAUAAUAAUAAUAAGGAAUUUUAUUUUUAUAAAAAAAAAUAUAUCAAAAAAUAAAAGAAAAUGUUGCUCAGAUCUCCUAUACGAUGGUAUACUUUCCGUAUAAUGAUAUUGACCUCGAUUGUUUGGGUCAUAUUCGGAAUGUGUAUACUAGUCUAUUAUAUGGAAUGUCUUGCCGGAAGCGGUGGUAUAAAUUGUCGUAAUAAAAUGAAUGGCUAUCAAUCUAAUGGAGGUGUUGGUUCACCUGAACAAUUAUUACUUGUUUCAAAUAGUGAUUCAGAUUUUUUAUCCGAUUCAUCUAAAACAAAUUCAUAUUCUGUUGAUAUUCAUAAUAAUAAUGAUUGGCCACAUUUACGUCUUCCACCUUAUCAAGAAUCUCAGCUACAAUUAUGGUCACCAGCUGAAAUUAAAACCAAUCCAUCAUCAUGGCCUGGUGAGAAUGGUAGAGGUGUAGAAAUACCUAAAGAAGAAGAAGAGAUAAAAAAUGAAAAAUUUAAAUUAAAUCAAUUUAAUAUAUUGGCCAGUGAUAGAAUUGCUUUAAAUCGAACCAUUUCUGAUGUUCGUCUCAAUACGUGCCGAAGAAAACGAUAUCCAAAACAUUUGCCCACAGCAUCAAUAGUAAUAGUCUUUCAUAAUGAAGCAUGGUCAACAUUAUUACGUACUGUUUAUAGCAUUAUUCGUACAUCUCCUGUAAAUUUACUCAAAGAAAUUAUACUUGUUGAUGAUGCUAGUGAAAGAGAGUAUCUGGGAAAAGAGCUCGAAGAUCAUGUUGCCAAAUUAUCUGUACCGACUAAAGUUCUUCGUACUGGCAAACGUUCAGGCUUAAUCCGAGCACGUUUGAUUGGUGCCGAUCAAGUACAUGGUGAAGUGAUUAUUUUUUUAGAUGCUCAUUGUGAAUGUACAAAAGGAUGGCUUGAACCAUUAUUAGCUCGAAUAGCGGAAGACAGAACCCGAGUAGUAUGUCCAAUAAUCGAUGUGAUUAGUGAUGAAAAUUUCGAAUAUAUAACUGCUUCGGAUAAAACAUGGGGUGGCUUUAAUUGGAAAUUGAAUUUCCGUUGGUAUCAUGUACCUCAAAGAGAAUUUGAUCGACGCAAUAAUGAUCGUACAUUACCUGUCAGAACGCCAACAAUGGCCGGUGGAUUGUUUGCUAUGGAUCGAGAAUAUUUUGAAAAAUUAGGUCGAUAUGAUGAAGGAAUGGAUAUUUGGGGUGGUGAAAAUCUUGAGAUGAGCUUUCGAAUUUGGAUGUGCGGUGGAACAUUAGAGAUUGUCACCUGUUCGCAUGUUGGUCAUGUUUUUCGUAAAUCAACACCAUACACAUUUCCCGGUGGUACAAGCAACAUUGUUAAUCAUAAUAAUGCUCGUCUAGCUGAGGUUUGGAUGGAUGAGUGGAAAGAUUUUUUCUUCGCUAUUAAUCCAGCAGCCAAAAAUAUCGAUAUGGGAGAUACGAAGAAAAGAAAACAACUUCGAAAAGAUUUACAUUGUAGAGAUUUUCGUUGGUAUCUGGAAAAUAUUUAUCCAGAAAGCCAGAUGCCAUUGAACUAUUAUUCAUUGGGCGAAAUACGUAACGUUGCAACAAAAAAAUGUUUAGAUACAUUUGGCAGAAAAAGUGGUGAGAAUAUUGCAUUAUCUCCAUGUCAUGGGCUUGGUGGCAAUCAAGUGUUUGCCUAUACCAAACGUGAACAAAUUAUGUCGGAUGACAAUUGUAUGGAUGCUUCCAAUUUAAGUUCACCAAUCAAAUUAAUUCGCUGCCAUGGAAUGGGUGGCAAUCAAGCAUGGCUUUAUAAUAAUUCAACCAAACAAAUAAUUCAUAAAAAAUCUGGUCAUUGUCUUGAAAAUGAUGAAAAAGAUUCGGAUAAUUCAUCAGCCAGUCCAAAACUGAAAAAAUGUAAUUUGAAAAAACGAGGUCAAAAAUGGCUUAUGGUUAGUAAUUUCAAAUGGCAAACGAAGAAAAUUGCCAAAAAAAAUGAGACCAAUAAUCAAGAUGAUCAAGAUGGAUCGAGUGAAAUCUAAUUGAAUGUUCACACAAACAAGGAAAAUAUCAUCAACAAAACAAAAUUUUUUUUUUCAUUAACAAAUCUGGUCUUAUCUUUUAGCUCUGGUCGUUAAACAUUUGUUUUUCUUUCAAAUAUCAUAAAUCAAUCACACACGCAAAUCAAAAGAGAUUGAUUAUUUUUUUCUAAUUUAUUAUUUAUUCCUGUAUAAUUAUUAUUGUUUUAAAAUCUGAGAUGUUCAACAUAGGAUUCGUUACAUCAUUUGUCUUCUGUAAAUAUAUCAUAAUUUGUCCUAUGAUAAUUCUUCAGCAUUAGAUUUUCUUAAAUUUUUCUGAUUU